GUUCAAAGAAUUCCAAACUUGUGCAUUUUGCUAUUGAAACUAUCAAACAAACAUGGAUCAAAAGAUUGAGCAUUUCAGCCAUGUCCACCCAUUGCUAUUGAAAGAGGAUCACAAGAAUGAAGAUGAUGGGAUGAAACUAGUUUCUUGCUCAGCCUGUGAGGAACAGAUUUCAGGUCCUUCCUAUUCUUGUAAAGAAUGCAACUACAUUCUUCACAAAUCAUGCAUAGAACUUCCACUCAAAUUGAAGCAUCCCUUGCACCCUCAACACCCUCUCACACUCCUUUCAACUCCACCUUAUGAUGCAGGGUACUUUUGUGAUGCAUGCAGAGGAACCUUCAACAAUGGAUUUGUCUACCAUUGCUCUCUUUGCACCUAUGAUCUUGACAUAUCAUGUGCUUCUACAUGGCACCCUGAUGAUGGCCAUGUUCAUGCCUUCAUUUCCUUGAAUAGUUUGCAGCCAUUUGUUUGUUAUGCUUGUGGAGGCGAAGCUGGCGAGGGCUCGGCCUCCUUUUGCACUGCUUGCCAGAUUUGGGUUCAUUGCAGCUGUGCUGAAUUGCCUCAUACCAUCAUAAAACACUUCCAUCAUCAUCCUUUGCAGCUCACCUAUUCGCUUAAUCGUGUUUACGGAUUCAGGGAUGACAUAACUUGUGGUGUAUGUCAUGGAACAAUGAGUUCAGGAUUUGCAGGUUAUUAUUGUUCAGAUUGCAGAUUUCCAAUGCAUUUGAAGUGUCCAGCAAAACAAGAAGAGGAUUUUGAGUCUGAUACUGAAGAAGAAAAGGAUCAUGAAGAUGAAACGCUUGCUCUUGAUAAGGACAAAGAAUCCAAUGUUGAUUUCGGACAUAACCAUUUGUUAACAUUGAUAGAGGAACUGAGUUUGGAAUUUGCUGAUAAACUCUGUGAUGGGUGUGUACAAGCCAUCGCUGCACCACCAUUGUAUUCUUGUUCAGAGAAUUGUGGUUUCCUUCUUCAUAAGAGUUGUGCUGAGUUGCCUAGAACGAAGCAGCACCGGUUUCAUCCUCAUCCUUUGACUCUUCAUUCUAAGGCACCUUCUUAUGAUGGCAUUUAUAGGUGUGAUAGCUGCAAAUCAUUGAGCAAUGGCUUCGUGUAUCGCUGCGACGAGUGUCAGUUCGACCUUGAUGUUCGUUGUGGCACCCUUGAGGACAAAGUUAAGCAUGAAAGCCACAAGCAUCCUCUUUCCGUAGAGAAGACAAACAUUGCAAGGGAAUGCAAAUGUUGUCACUCUCCAUCAAAAUAUGUGCUUGUAUGUGAUGUUUGUGAUGAUUUUGCCAUUGAUUGUGGGUGUGCUAAUCUACCCUCUAAGAUUUGGAACAAGUGUGACAAACAUGUUCUGAGUCUAAUCUACAAUGGUCAAGGUAAAUUGAUGGAAUGCAAUAACUGUGGCAUUUGCAGAGAGAUAAUAUCUCCAAAGAAAUGGUUGUACUAUUGUGAAGAAUGUGAUUUUGGUGCUCAUCCUUCUUGUGUAGUUGACAAGUCUUGUAGUAGUGUCAAAUUUGGAGGCACUUUCCAAUACGAUGCACACUCCCACCCUCUUGCAUUGGUUGAAGAAACUGGGAAGCACCCUCCUCCUCCAUGUGAAGCUUGUGGUGAUGGCUGCAAAGGUUGGACACUUGAAUGUGAGCAAUGCAAAUGCUACUUCCACAGAGAGGGGCAAUGUUUCUGGGAGCAGCUUAAGAAGAGUUCACAGUACUUGACACUGUCUAGAACGAUGAGGCAUAAAUUUGCAGCAAAUGUGUUGGCUGCCACUCCCAAUGUAACUGAUAAAUGAGAGCCUAAUAAUUUCAGAUGAUUUAGCUUUUAUUCC